GUGCGCAAGGCGACAGACUGCCCAGAGGUUGAAGCGAAACCGCUCCCUCGCCUUUCCCCUGAGGAACAAUGGCAGGCAGUCCUGCCACAAUUGCAGGUGGCGGAGAACCUUAACCCGGAGCAACGGGCACAGCUCUUAGCGGUCCUCGCGCGACACCCCCAUGCUUUCUCCAAAGAUCCGUCGGAUUUGGGGUUGGUUAAGGGGUAUACGCACAGGAUUGACACGGGAGAGAUCAAGCCCAUUCGGGAAGGUCCCCGCAAUCAAAGCCCUUUUGAAAAGGACGAGAUUGACCGGCAAAUGAAGCCUAUGGAAGACUACAAUGUGGUUCGCAGGUCAAGCAGCCCUUACGCAGCGGCUAUUGUGCUCGCGCGAAGAAAAGGGGGGAAGUGGCGCUUCUGCGUCGAUUACAGGAAAAUCAAUCUGGCGACAGUUCCCAACCGAUAUCCCUUGCCGCGCAUCGACUCAAUCUUCGCAAAGUUGGGUCGCGCGACGUACUUCACCUCGCUGGACGCGCAGGCGGGAUACUGGCAGAUUCGGUUACACCCCGACGACAUCCAGAAGACUGCUUUCCUCACGCACAGGGGGCUGUUCGAGUUUCUGCGCAUGCCUUUUGGACUGACAGGAGCUCCGGGCACGUACCAGAUGGUCAUGGACCAAACUUUGCAGGAGGAGAUCAGCGGGCCCAAACCCUGCGUAACGUAG